GUCAACGGCGGAUACUUCUAGCUGACGGAGGGUCCGUAAUCGGCUGGCGGCCCCUAGGUGACGUGUAGGCCCGGGAGCGUCGAGCAUGGACGAACACUGCCUGGAGGAGUUCCGCCGGCGCUGGCAGGAGGAGUUGGCGCAGCAGGCGCUAAGGCGGCGACGGAGGCUCGAGGCCGGAGAGCGGCGCCCGCGGAGGCCGGAGGCCGGGGCGCGCGGCGAGCCGGCCUCGGGGUACCUGGCGCUGGCGCAGGGUCUGCUGGAGGGCGCGGGCCGACCCCCGGCGUCCAGGCCCGGCCGGGCCGACAGGAGGGAUGCGUCCAGCCGCUCCCGCUCACCCCCGGACCGCGACGCCGUGGAACCCGAGCCGCUGGUGGACCAGCUCAUCCGCGACUUGAAUGAGAUGGAUGAGGUGCCCUUCUUUGAUGUCCAGCUGCCUUAUGAACUGGCGAUCAAUAUAUUUCAGUAUCUGAACAGAAGAGAGCUGGGUCGCUGUGCUCAGGUGAGCAAGACAUGGAAGGUGAUUGCCGAGGACGAGGUGCUGUGGUACCAGCUGUGCCAACAGGAGGGGUACCUUUCCCAGAACAGAAUCUCUGACUACUCCUGCUGGAAGCUCAUCUUGCAAGAGUGCCUCGCCAAGGAACACAUGAUAAGAACCAACUGGAAGAAUCGCAAAGGUGCCGUGAGCGAGCUGGAGCACAUUCCCGAUGCUGUUUUGUGUGACGUGCGCUCUCAUGAUGGCGUUGUCAUCGCAGGAUACACGUCAGGGGAUGUGAGGGUGUGGGACACCCGCACCUGGGACUAUGUGGCCCCCUUCCUGGAAUCCGAGUCUGAGGAGGAGGAGCCUGGAAUGCAGCCAUACGUCUCCUUUGUGAGGAUCAACAGCUCGCUGGCAGUGGCAGCUUACGAGGAUGGGAUUCUUAACAUUUGGGACCUGAGGACCGGGAAGUUCCCUAUCUAUCGGUUUGAGCAUGAUGCAAGAAUACAGGCCCUUGCGCUCAGCCGGGAACAGGCCACUGUUGCCACAGCUUCUGCCUUUGACGUUGUGAUGCUAUACCCUAACGAGGAGGGCUGCUGGCAUGUAGCUGCGGAAUUUGAAGUCCAGAAACUGGUUGACUACCUUGAAAUAGUUCCGAACACUGGAAGGUAUCCUGUGGCAAUAGCCACUGCUGGGGACCUAGUGUAUCUGCUGAAGGCCGAGGACUCAGCCAGAACCCUUCAUUAUGUCUAUGGCCAGCCUGCUACGUGUCUGGAUGUCUCAGCCAGCCAGGUUGCCUUUGGAGUGAAGAGUCUGGGAUGGGUGUAUGAAGGAAACAAGAUCCUGGUGUAUAGCCUGGAAGCAGAACGCUGCCUCUCGAAGGUAGGCAACGCGCUUGGAGACUUCACCUGUGUCAACCUCCGAGAUAGCCCUCCCAACCUAAUGGUCAGCGGCAACAUGGACAGAAGAGUGAGGCUCCAUGACCUCCGCAGUGAUAGAAUUGCACUGUCGCUGGCUGCCCAUCGGCUAGGGGUGUCUGCAGUCCAGAUGGAUGACUGGAAGAUUGUCAGUGGAGGCGAGGAGGGGCUGGUGUGUGUCUGGGAUUACCGCAUGAACCAGAAGCUGUGGGAGGUGCACUCCAGGCACCCUGUGCGCCACGUCUCUUUCAAUAGCCACAGCUUGAUCACUGCCAACGUACCCUACGAGAAGGUGGUGCGCAACUCCGACCUGGACAACUUUUCCUGUCACAGGAGACAUCGAGGCCUGAUCCAUGCCUAUGAGUUUGCCGUUGACCAGCUGGCCUUUCAGAGCCCUCUUCCUGUCUUCCGCUCAGCCUGUGGCACCAUGGCUGGGUACAGCUAUGACCUAGCACUGUCUUUCCCCUAUGACAGUGCUUAGGGCCUCACUCACGAAGAGGUGGGAAGGGCUACUUUUACAAAUGUUAGAGCUGUAAGGAAGCUCUGUAGCACACAGUGGAAGUUUGGGGGCAGUGACCUCCCCACCCACCCCCUCCUGAGGUGUGCCUGUGGCCAUACAGCCUUGCUGUCUCUGCAGCCACCUACAGACCCUCUCUCCUCCUCCCUCCUAAGGAGAUUCACUUAUGACUCAGAGUUAACCUUUGCAGUGGCACCUCCUCCUCAGCCUGUGGCAGCAGUGACACUCCUCCCUCCUUCCCCACGCUAGGGACGCAGGGCCUUCACCUCCACUGUCUCCUGGGUGGUGCUAAGGAUAGAAGCAAGCACUCACCACCAGUCUGAUCCCUAGCUCCGAGUAGUCUCUUGACCCUACCCUCACCUGUGUGAGGACUCUUCAUUUCACUGGCUGUUCUGUCUAGUACAAGUGCUACAAAGGGAACAGCCAUCUUUCUGUAGAGAGGGAAAGGGCCACCCCACAGGGAUGAGGGUGGGAGCUCAGUCUCUGAGCCUGGCUGGUGGCAUGUCUUCACUCAGUGGCUACAGCUCACCCGCCCACCUUCAGAGUGUCACGGGCAGCUCCACACACAGUAGCCAGGAGACCAGGCACCUAACAGGCCUGUACAGAGGGAGAGUCCCUGUCCCGGCAAAUACCAGCUCAAAAGGCAGCAGAGUUAACAGGUGGGCCAGGUAACUCCACAUUCGGUCUACACCUUCGGUGGGAAGAGACUGACCCCUCUAGGCUGGCGUAAUAUUGAGAGCAGCCCAGACAGCAUAGAAGCAGGGUGCUCACUGGGCCUUGGUGACCUGUUUCCCAGUGCAGGGAUGGAACCUGGGGCCUCGUGUGUGUGCUAGGCAAGUGCUCUGCCACCAAGCCACACCUCCAACCAAUAUGUGGUUUUGUGGCAUGAAAGAAUAAGUCCAUUGUCUAGCUGGACAAGAGUACAGAAGCAAGCCCAUUCUCCUUACAGAGCCCCCCCAGGGAAAGGACUUUGAACCACCCAGAUGGCAGCUCACCUCUUGCUGGGCUGGUACCCCCUGCUGGCCUGGUCUUGCUGGGUCUUCACUCAAGCUUUCCCAGUCCUGCAGGUGGGCCACUGGAGAAAGUUCUGUCAGACAAGUUGGCUGUUCAGGUCAGCUCCCUUCCAGGCUGUGCAGCCGUGAAAGGCCACUGAAGAGCAGAUGCAGAGGUGACUAGAGUGAAGACAGUUUCAACCAUCUGUCCUCCCCCCCCCCUUAGGAAAAGCACCGGUUUCAAGAAGGGAUGCCUAGGGACCUAGUCUUUCACACAGCAGCUCUGUGGGUGUUCUCUGCUGAAAGAUGCUCCUCCCCCCAAGAGCAGCAGAUCUACCCCGAGAUCUGUCUCCACUGGCUCCCGAGGCUGCUGCCACUGCACCUGCUCAUAGGGUGGAGGAGAAGUGGUCUCCGUUAGCUCCCUGUGCUGCCUCUAAAACCAGAAGACACCAGGACACACCCGUGGGAGCCAGAGGUGGCCGCACAUCUGCAGCUCACCUUUGUGCCUUAAUCGGCCACAUCUACUGUUAUUAAAGGUUCUGGACUGAC